UUUAAAGUUCCAUACUAUUUUUUUCUCUAUUUUCUUUCAACAACAAAAAUAAGUAGCUCAUUUAAGUAAUGUUUAAUAUGUAGUUCAGGUUUCUCAUAGUAACAUAUUAUUUAUUGAACAUGAAUGAUAAUUUGAUGUGAAUUAAUUGUAUAUUAGAUUUUUUUUUAAAAAAAAAUAAGAUCAGAUCAUUCUAGUUGUCAACAAAAGAAAACAAACAAAUCACCAUCAUCAUCAUCACCACCACCAUCAUCGUCAUCACCACCACCACCACCACUAUCAACAACAACGACUUAGAUCUAAUGCUGAUCAUUCUACAAAUCAAACACAAACAUUUUAUCUAACCAGAAUUUCAUCCAAUUUCUUACUUCAUUGACUACAUAUAUAUAGAUGGAUUUUAAGGGAAUUUGAUAAAUUAUAUAAAUGGUAAUACAAAUGAUUGAUCAUUUAUUGAUUUUCUCUUUAUUAUUAUGUCCAAUAAUUAUUUGGGCUCAAUUAUCAUCAUCAUCAUCAACAUUAAUGACUACAAUUUCUCCUGUAAAAUUAAUUAAUUCUAAAAUAAUUUAUUCAAUGGAUAUGAAUCCAAUUGGAAUAUGUCAACCACCAUGUUUAAAUAAUGGAAUAUGUCGUCGUGAUCGUCAUCCUCAUAGUAAUACUAGUAGUAGUAAUAAUGAUAAUUUAAAGGAAAAUGAUUCAAAAUGUAUUUGUACACCAGAUUUCAAAGGGAUUGAUUGUAGUGAAGAGGCAGAAACAGAUUUAACAAAUUGUCAAGAAUCAACAUGUAAAUAUGGUGGAACAUGUGUUGGUACAUCAAAAACACCAAAAUGUUUAUGUAAAGAUCAUACACGUGGGAAACGAUGUCAAAGACAUGACCUUAUAUUUAUCGUAGAACUUAAAAUAUACGAUAAUGGUAAAGAAGCUGUCUGGCAAAAAGACUUUGAAGAUAAUUCAAGUUAUUUAUCUACCAUUAAAGCAUUAGAUGUUUGUAAACUUCUUAAACUAAGUAUCAUUCGUGGAUCAACUAUACAAUUAUCGAAUUCAUUUAUUGAUUGUUAUUUAAUUACUUAUCAUAAAAUAUCAGUCAUAAUUGAAGUUGCAUUAAUAUUAGAUAUAGAAUUAUCAUUAAUUCCAUUGAUAAAUUUAACAUUAAUACAAAAUCAAAUUAUGACUGGAUUAAAAACAAUGGAUCCAAGUUUAAAUGAAUUCAAAACCAUUUCAUUAGAUGAUAUCAUUUCUGGGAAUUCAUCAACGUUUAAAGUUCAUGUUUAUGAUCCUUGUAAAAAUGGAAAUCAUGAUUGUUCAAUAAAUGCUAAAUGUAUUGUACAACCACAAGGUACUUAUAUAUGCGAGUGUAAUCCUUUUACAAUUGAUGCAUCAUUCGAUGCUAAUUAUCCUGGACGACGUUGUAUGUAUGAUGGUUUAAUUAUAUUAGCAUUUGCUAUUAUUGGUGGCUUUAUUUGUACACUUACUGUACUUAUUUGUGGAUGUCGUCGAACAAUAUGGCGAAGAUAUCGUCGUGGACCAGAAUCUAUUGAUUUAAUUAAUAUGCCAAGAAAUUAUGAUAUUUAAAGAAGAAGAAGAGAAAUGCCCGAUUCGUUUUGUCACAUGUUUGUUUAUUUGUAAAAACAAAAACAAACAAACAAACAACACAAACCUGGAUACAUGUUUCCCUUUCAUUAACAAUACAUGUAUAAUGUAAAUGUCUAUUCAGAACUAUUUGUUCAUCAUAAUGAACUUAUUGCCAAUUCUCCACUCAAUCACCCCCUCCAAACACACACACACACCUACAUACACUAAGGAUUCACAAAUGCACCUAUGUAUACUCAUUCACAAAAGAUAAACAAAUAAAAACAAACAAACAAAUGCACAAAUGUGAAUAGUUCAGAGAACGAGAGAGACCAAGAGAAGGGGGGCGAGGAAAACUUGUCCUCCACUUCUAUUUUUUUUUGAUUUAUUCCACGGUUUUCAUCAUGUUUUUAUUUAUUAUGGUUUGUACUAUUAUUAUGUUUUACCAUAAACAAUGAUUUACUAUCUUUAUAACAUACAUUUUAUGUAUUUCAGUUUAUUCAGUGUGUUGUUUGAAUUGUAUCGGUUGUUGUCAAUGGAUCUUGUUAUUUUUUUUUUAAAAAAAAGCUGUUUUUUUCUUAA